AUGAACUGCCACUCCAGUCGUCUGGCGGUCAUUGACAUCGCCGGCGUUUUGACUCUUCUGGACCUGGACGUGCGGAGUGAGGAUAAAAGUGACCCUGGUGCUGCCGGAGACCCCUCCAAGUUUGAGCGAAAGGAUGUGUGGGACAUGAAGUGGGCCAAGGACAAUCCAGACCUGUUUGCCAUGAUGGAGAAGACCAGGAUGUAUGUUAUUCGAAAUCUGGACCCAGAGGAACCGAUCCAAACGUCUGGGUACAUCUGCAACUUUGAGGACCUGGAGAUCAAGUCUGUGCUGCUGGAUGAAAUCAUGAAGGACCCAGACCGACCCAACAAAGACAGCCUGAUUAACUUUGAGAUCAGAUCUUUGAGAGACAGCCGGGCUCUUAUUGAAAAAGUUGGAAUUGAAGAUGCUUCACAAUUUAUUGAGGACAACCCUCAUCCAAGACUUUGGCGUCUGCUCGCUGAGGCAGCCCUCCAGAAACUAGACUUAAAGACCGCGGAGCAGGCUUUCGUCCGCUGCAAAGACUAUCAGGGCAUUGAGUUUGUGAAGCGUCUGGGGAACUUAAAGAGCGAGCCCAUGAAGCAGGCAGAGGUGGCUGCCUACUUCAGCCGCUUUGAGGAGGCCGAGCGCAUGUACUUGGACAUGGACCGCAGAGAUCUGGCCAUCAGCCUCAGAAUCAAACUGGGAGAUUGGUUCAGAGUUCUUCAACUGCUCAAAAGUGGCUCUGGCGACAGCGACGACGCGCUGCAGGAACAGGCCCAUAACGCCAUCGGCGACUACUUCGCUGACAGACAGAAAUGGGUUAAUGCGGUCCAGUACUACCUCUUGGGCCGUAACCAGGAGCGUCUGGCCGAGUGCUACUACAUGUUGGAGGAUUACGAUGGCCUCGAACGACUAAUCAACCAGCUCCCAGACAACCACAAACUGUUGCCUGACAUAGGACAGAUGUUUGCUACAGUGGGAAUGUGUGAACAAGCAGUUAAUGCAUAUCUGAAGUGCAACCAGCCCAAAGCUGCUGUGGACACCUGUGUGCAUCUGAACCAGGUGAGAGACACCAGAUACCAGAUGAUAAUAAUAUAA